CGAUAACACAAAGUGGUAUGCGUGCGGGAUCGUGUUUUGUUUUCGUACCGCAAAAUUACCUCUAAUUCAUUGGUAAAUCGCAAAAUUUUGUCUUGAAAAUUAUCAACACUUUCCACUGGACAUGGGUUUGCUGUCUCUGUUGAGGAAGCUACGAUCCGCUCCAGAGAAGGAACUAAGGAUUCUACUGCUGGGGUUGGACAAUGCUGGCAAAACGACACUGCUGAAACAGUUGGCUUCCGAAGAAGUAACUCAGGUAACACCCACUGCUGGCUUCAACAUAAAAUCCGUAGUCUCCGAUGGUUUCAAACUGAACGUAUGGGAUAUAGGCGGCCAGAGCAAGAUCCGGCCCUAUUGGAAAAACUAUUUCGAAAACACGGAUGUUCUGAUCUACGUGAUCGAUUCAAGCGAUCGGAAGCGCCUCGAGGAAACCGGCGACGAACUGGCCGAACUGCUCCUCGAUGAUAAGCUCAGGCAGGUCCCGCUGCUGGUAUUUGCCAACAAGCAAGACAUAGCCGGGUCACUUAAAGCGUCGGAGAUUGCCGAAUGUCUCAAGCUGGUCAAGCUGAAGGAUCGAACCUGGCAGAUCCAGGGCUGCUCGGCACUCGAGGGAACCGGUAUAAAGGAUGGAAUGGAUUGGGUUUGCAAGAGCAUUAAGAAGUAAUUCUGAUUAAGGCGAGUGUAUAACGAGACCACACUUUGACUUAUCAAGGGCACACAUUUUUAGAACCAGGCAGCUGUUUCAGCUGAAAACAUGACUAAUAGGUCUCUCGCUAGUGGUGAUCAAUCGAUCUGCACGGAGCUCCCUUAACCAUUACCAUCAGAAUCAAAUUUGAGCUCAUUAGUCGACUUAUAUGACCAAACUGCAUAUCUGGAAAAAAUAAAAGCAUUCUAAGGCUUUUAAUACGAAAUAAACUUAUUAAGUAUGUUAGAGAAAGAAAAUUCUCAAACACGAGUACUAUAGUUUACAAUUUUUCCAAAUUAAUGUUCUACAAAAAAUAAGUCUACCUAGUUAGCAAGUUUCAACAUUUUUUUUUUUUUUUAAUUUUGUCCAGACAUGAAGUUCUGCUUUACAAUUCGACUGAUCAGCACAAAUUUAAUUGAUUCGUUUUAUGAUAAUAACGGUCUGAGACGCAGCAUGAUCAAACUUUCAUGUUUUUCUAGAAUUGUGCUCUUAAAAUUCUUUAAGCUGUGCUUUCGGAUCAUCUACACUUCUUCACCCUAAAUCGAUUAGAAAUAGGAUCGCUUUCCCAACUUCAAUGUAUUUGUGCGUCUUUCACUGUUCGUGUAUUGUCCAUGUGUCGUCAGGCUCUGCACGUAGAAACCUAAAAUCCGAACUAAAAUGCCUUUAAAAAUGUGUCUCAUCACAAGUGCAAUACAUGUAGCAAAUAAAUUAAAGUCUCAAUGUAGAUUUUUGUAAAUUAA